AUGAUUUGUAUAGAAUGCGGUGGUACCGCGUUUAAUGGUGGCGAACUAUGUGAGCUUUGUAUGGAUAUGAACGGAAUGUCUGGUAAUAUAUGCCUGCAGAGUGCAAUGGCAUCGGCAAUUAAUGUUUGUGGAUUGUGCGCGCUCACAGUUCAAAUGGAUUCUCGAAACUGCACGCAAUGCAAAAAGUCGAUUCAUUUGAGCUGCGAUUCGAGUGAAGCAGGUCUCGAAGGUUUUGUUUGCAUGAAUUGUAGAAGAACUCCAAUGGUUUCCGAUAUAAUGCUUACCGCCGCAAGUCGAGACACUUUGUCUCCUCUACAUGAGCCGUCAACAGUUUCACAUAUUACGUUGGCCCCAUCGAUUCAAUCUAUAAGCAAUUCUUUUACACAGCCAAGUUUGCCUCCAAAUCCACCUCAAGACUUCACCGAAAUCUAUCCACAACACCAGCCAUCUUCACUGCCGCAACCUCAUGUAAUAGACGAAAUCAGUGACGGGGCGACUAACGAUAGCGCUAGAAAUUCGCCGUUCUAUGCGGAGAGUUCCGAUAUUGACGAGGAUUUCGUGCCAGGAUCCACCCGUGGUCGUGGUCGUGGGGCCGAAAGUGGUGCGAAGAAGAAGCCAACUCGUGGAACGUCGCUACUUAAAAAACAAACAACCAUCCCUCAAACCGGCUUCUAUUCUCCAGCUCAGCUUCAAGCUUUAACUCAGCCAACGCGUGGAAAACGCGGAAAGCGUGGUACAAAAGCUCCAGCGAAAGGUGGCGGCCGCGGACGGGGACGGGGAAGAUCAACCGCGAAUACAAUGCAAGGACCGCCAAUGAUGCAGCAACUUGUUCAGAAUCAGCCUUCGAAUAUUUUCCCACCACCGACGAUGUAUCCACCAGUGAAUAUUCCUCCAGCCAUUCGCGAAGUCGACGAGCUUAUGAUGGAAGAUGAGACUUCAAGACAGUCAGCUACACGAGCGGAUGACGCUGAAUAUGUUCGGACAAUCGUUGUUUGCAACGCCAGUGAUCCAUUCUUAAAACAGGCGUGCAUUUGCCUUAUUUGUGGCGCUGUUGGACGUGACACUGAAAGUUCGAUGGUCGCUUGCUCAAAUUGCGCACAAACUUAUCACACUUACUGUGUCGGCUUACAUGAUAAGCUUAAUUCCACAGUAAUGUUCCGCGGAUGGCGUUGUCUUGAUUGUACAGUCUGCGAAGGAUGCGGAAACGGAGGGGAUGAGUCGAAGCUUCUUCUCUGCGAAGAAUGCGAUAUCUCAUAUCACAUUUAUUGUCUUCGGCCGCCUCUUGAACAGAUUCCCAGUGGACCGUGGCGUUGCCAAUGGUGUGCCAGAUGUCGCCGUUGCAACAUAAAAGUGAAUCUGGGAAGCGAUUUGACUCGAGACGGAAUCUGUCAUCCGUGUAAUUCACUACGAGGUUGUCCAAGAUGCAAGAAAACCUACAACGUUGGUGAUAAGCUCAUUCGAUGCAGUCAAUGUCACAAAUGGCAACACGGAGUUUGCGAAAAUUUGUAUAACGAUGAGAUGCUUGAGCAAGCAGCCUUGAACCGAAUGAGAUGCACGGCAUGUAGACCAAAUAAGAGUAUCAUUGCUGCUGGUUUCGAUAGUGCGAACGUUGUGAUUUGUGAUAACGUUGCGCUGAGUAAAAAUGCCGACGAAGUUUUGAAAUCGAAAUUCAUGCCGAGCCUCUGUCGGCCAUCUUUUGAAACGUACGGAUAUCGUGACUCAUUUGAUCAUUACGGAGACGAUGAUUAUAACCCAGCAGAAGAUCCUGAAACUACUUAUGUCCAGCGUGGACGAGGUCGUGGAAAUCCUGGCGGACGUCGUGGAACACAUCGUAUCGGAAUAGGAGGAAUUUACGCGAAACUUCCAAGACAUCGCGUAUUGGCUUUGACGGAAGAAGUUGCUGCCAUGAAUAGUCUUGACGACGAUGACGUGAAGAAAAUGAAAAGACCUCGAAAACCAAGACGAUCUCAACUCGAAGACGCGUACCCUCCAGCAAUUCAAGAAGCAUUUUUCGGAAUUACACCUGUUGAAGGCAAAACUCUUGUCGAUAUUUCCGUGGAAGAGCCGUCUCUUGCCGAAUAUGGGAAUGGUCGAAUUGGACAACAGCAUGAAACCGGGCAUGAAUUGUCUUCAGAAGCAACUGAGAUGCUGCGAAAUGAUAUUAAUGAGAACGAGUUCUUGGAAAAUAUGGACUUGCACGAGAUGGAUACGGAUUUGGAUAACGUCGAUUUGUCAUUGCUUUUCAAUGAUGAUGAAUACGACGACGAUUUUGAGGAUAGUUUGACUGGUUUGGAACGUGAUACGAAUGGAGAAACCGAUUUAGAAGACAUCAAGCCUUUUGAACCAACUUCAUUCUCCAUGGAUCAACCAUCAUCAUCAGGUGUCCAGUUCCAACAAAAUCCACCACAAUUUCCAUUGAAUGAAAAUGGAAAUAAUUUUGCGCAGGCAAUGCCGCCUCAGCCGCCCCCGGUUCAAACUACCGCGCCGGCUCCUGUUAGAGCCAAUGCGCCCAGGAAUAGCUCGACAAACGCUGAAGCUCCAGAGCGCUACCAGUUCUCUGAAAGAUGGGAAGAAGAUGAGCCGCUUGGAUUGCAAGCUACCACUGCCGCUGUUUUGUAUGCUAACGAAAAGCACGGGCAUUUAAAGGAACAAUAUCCGGAAUGGUCGGAUCGUGUGAAGCAAAUUCAAAGACUCUGGCGUACGUUGAGCUCUGAAGAACGUCAAGAAUAUGUGAAUCGUGCCCGUGAAAAUCGUACGAACCGCGGAAGACAGCCGCGGCCGCGUCGUGCUAUUGCAAAUUCUACAUCUGUGGACAGUCCGACCACUCAAUCUCCUGGGCCUAACCAGAUGGGAAGAGGCGAUGGAUUCAAAGUACCAGCUGUUCCGAUUGGCGGCGGCACUCCAGGAUAUGAUCAGGAAAGUGUUCCACCACCGAAGCAAGUCAAAAUCACAUGUCAUCUUACUCCGGAGGUUCAUCAGCAAUAUCGACAAAUGUUGGACAAGUUAAGCGAUCUUGAGAAGGUCGUGUUGGCUGUUGACGCGGAUCUCGCCAAACAGAGAAAGCAGAAGAAGAAUCUGGCGGCAAAGAAAAGGCAGAUGGCGAAGACCGUCUCGCAGUCGCCAGAUUACGAUGGAAGACCUGUUGAUUUGAACGAAGCGGAUAAGUUGUGCUUCCUUCAGCUCACCGACAGCAUAAAAACUUUACAAUCGGAGCUAGAGAAUCAGAAACGCGAGCUGAAACUUCACGAGAGCUCUGUUAGGGAUUUCGAAGUGAAGAAUGCGAUUCUUCGAAAUGAAAGUGAGGUGACACCGCAAAUGAUCGAACAGACUCAGAUGAUGAAUCAACAAGUUGCUGUUGCUCACGAUACCGCCAGAAUUAACAUGAUCCGCCAGCAACAAAUGAUGCAGAUGCAGCAGCGAAUGCCCGGGGUUCCGCCGCAACCGGGAGGACCCCAAAUUCCACCGGGUGCUCCCAUGCCGAUGCACGCGAUGCGAGUUCCUCAACAAAUGCCGUUUGGUGCAGCGCCACCACCUGGAGCAAUGGUCCGUCCUGGUGGACCUCCAUUGACACUUCAGCAACAACAGCAACAGGAGAUGCAGCGGCGAAUGAUUAUUCAACAGCAACAACAACAGAGAAGAGCUAUGCGAUCAAUGAUUCUCGGCGGCGUUCGACUUGAUCAGAUUACCAACAUCAUCGAGAAGGAGGUGUACGAAGUGCUCGACGAUGUUAUUAUCCACAUUUCGAUUUGCAUCGAUGGGCCACCAAAGGAGAAUAACAUGCUAAAACGAUUGUUAGAUCCAGCAGCUGCUGGCCCACAACCGCAUCUUCCGCCGGGACAUCCGCCUCCGAACAUGAUUGCUCCACAAAUGGAGCCAGUUGUUGAAGGACCAAGGCCGAAAAAGAAACGAACCGUUCAGAAAAAGGCGGCGCAAUCCUUAAAUAGUGGAAGUGAGUAUGAUGGUUGGGUUGAGAAAAUGCGUACUCGAUUCCGUUUGUGCCAAGAGAUUCCAAGAAGAGCCAAAGAACCGCCACUCAAAAAUCCGGGUGCUGCUUUCUCAACUAUGGCAAUUUCGGAUAUCAAUGAAAAAUCAGAUCGUCAUGUGCUGACUGGUGACGAUUUUGGAAAGCUAACAAUGACAUAUGUUGACGAUUAUUUCACUGGAAAUGAUCGCACUUCGCGUGUUCUUUUCCACAAAGACACAUCGAUGAAUGAAAUAAUUCCGAACGCGAAUCUUGCGGCAUUCUACAGUCAGCCGCCUCCACCAGAAGAUGAAUUUAUUUUCGAUGAAUACGAUCAGCCAUCAACAAGUUAUCAUCCAUUGGCAGUGCUCAGUAAUUGGCUCAACUCGAGACGUCUCAAUCCGUUGGAGCACAUUCGAACCAGUUCGAGAGGAUUUGAUGUUCCGAUUCCAAUCGAGCCAUUGCGACGAAUGUUCUACGCGGAAAGCAAAGAAGGUGAUGUUGAAGUCACCAUAACUGCAAGCGUUGAAGAGAGCGAAAAUUGCGACGAGAAGGGAAGUAUUGGGGAAGUCAUCAAGAAGAUCAAGGAUAUUCUCGGUCUCAAGGAAGAUUUGAAUGUUCGAAUCGAUACGCCGCCGCGUUCUCCUUCGGUCGGACCAUCUAAUGAAAAUGAGGAAAAUGUUGAGGACAAGGCCAUCAAAAUGGAAGUUGAUGAUGGUAGUGAUUCUCCAUCAUCGCAAAUAAUGAACAAAGUGAUCAAGAAGGAGAUCGAAUCGGAACGAUGUAAACACUGUUCGAAGUCGAUUGAAGGUGUUUCAUGUGUUCGCCAGAAAAUGGGAAAACUUGGACUCCUUCCAUCUGAUGCUCCUGAUGAAGCUAAUGAGGAGACGGCUUCGUUCUGCUCGAUGCGCUGCUAUUUCGAGCUAAUGGCAACGUCAAAGGUUUCGUUGUCGCAAGAAGAGAUCAAUGCUGCCGAGCAACAUGUCAGCGAAGAAACGUUCAAUCGUCUCAAGCAGAUUCAUGCCGAUAAUUUGGUGAAGGCUAUUAGUCAAGGAAAAUCGAAACUCUCUUGUGCGCCAUCGGUGUCUAUGGAAGGAUUGAUAUCGCCAAAAGAUACAAGAUUCAUGAUGGAUGAGGGCAGAAAGGAGAGAAUUACGAUGAUUCCUGUCAGCACUUUGACUAAAACUAACGAAGCUGCUUCUGCAGCGGAGACGACGAAGACGCCUUCAGAUGAAUGGACGACGUACACUGCCGAUCAUCAGCUCUCCUUUAAGAACCUUCAAAUUGUUCACCAAGAUUAUAUCAAUGCGCCAAAAAUGGGAGUGCCUUUCCCGCCACACGAGCUCGACCAACGCCAAUGUGUUCUUUGUGGAAUGCGUGGAGACGGCGAACCAUCGAAAUGUGGACGUCUUUUGUCUCUCACCGAAUACAUUUGGGUUCAUGUUAACUGUGCCCUUUGGAGCACCGAAGUGUUCGAAAAUCCGACUGGUGGACUCAUGCAUGUUGAUAGGGCGGUCAUCCGUGCUAGCAAAGUGUUUUGCGGGUUGUGCGGACGUGCUGGUGCAAGCAUCAAAUGCCAUAAAAUGGGCUGCAUGUAUAGUUUCCACGUUUUAUGUGCCCAGAGAACAAACGGAUUCUUCAUCAAAGAUCGGACAUUCAUCUGUCGCAAUCAUGAGCAAGUGACUACGAACGUGACUGUGACUCGAUUGGACGCUCUUCGUCGUAUCUACAUACAACGAGAUGAAAAUGAGCUCCUUGCGAAACUAUUUGAGCUCAGCGAUGGUCCAAAAUUGUGUCUUCGUCUUGGUGCUCUCACUUUCUACAACAUCGGCCAAUUGCUCCCCGAACAACUCAAAUCCUUCCAUAAUGCCAACUUCAUCUAUCCGGUUGGAUACAAAGUGCAUCGUUGGUUCUGGUCGCCAAACUCGCAUCGUGAUCGAAUGCUAUUCGAAUGUACCAUCUCUGAUAAGGACAUUAAGCCGUUCUUCACAGUUAAAUCUGUUGAGAAUCCAGCGAUUUGUUAUACUGGAAGAAAUGCUACUGAAGCUUGGAAGCCAGUGUUUGAGCAGGUCCAUCAGGUGCGACAAGCUGUGGAUAUGCUUAGAUUCUUCAGCGGCCACAUUCACGGAGAAACGCUGUAUGGAUUGAAUGAGAACGUGAUCACGAAAAUCACCGAAUCGCUUCCUGGUGUUGACACGAUGUAUAGCUACAACUUGCGACAUGGAAGCACGCCGAUUCUUGAGCUACCACUUGCCGAGAAUCCAAUGGGAUGUGCUCGUGCUGAGCCGCGUCUUCGUACACUCAUCAAACACAAUCGCACAAAACCGGGCGCAUCGAGUUCGGCGGUAUCGAAAGACGAAAGGGCGUCGAAGACGACUGGAAGAACGAGGGGAACGAAGACGAACUUUAUGGAUGAGCAAGCCGCCGCACAGAUCAAAGCACUGGGAUUGUCGGCAGAAUAUGCAGCGCUGUAUCUAAAGGGAAUGGAGCCGAUUCAGAGCAACUCGCAGAUCUUCUCGGCGUACCAGAAAAUGCGUAAAGAAUGGAGAAACACGGUGUAUCUCGCUCGAUCAAAAAUACAGGGUCUUGGACUUUAUGCGUGUCGCGACAUCGCAAUGGGUGAUUUUAUCAUUGAAUACAAAGGUGAAAUUAUUCGAUCGGAACUUGGCGAAGUUCGAGAGAAACGCUAUAAUGCACAGAAUCGCGGGGUUUACAUGUUCCGAAUUGAUGAGGAGCUCAUCAUUGAUGCUACUAUGGCUGGCGGACCAGCGAGAUAUAUAAAUCAUUCGUGUGAUCCCAACUGCUCAACGAGGAUUUUGGACGCUGGUUCAGGUCCUGCUGACAAGAAGAUUAUAAUCACAGCGAAUCGGCCAAUAAUGGCACAUGAAGAGCUGACAUACGACUAUCAAUUCGAACUCGAGGAUUCGACGGAUAAGAUUCCGUGCUUGUGCGGUGCGCCGAAUUGCGUCAAGUGGAUGAAUUAG